GAGCCUAGUUGAUUAAAAGUUGGUCACCCUAUAAUCAUAUUGUAGGAAGAUGGGGCAUCAAUGACCAAACAUUUAAUCUGUAUUUAGUUAGUCGAGUCCUCCACUCCAAAAGUGAUCUUCCAAGUGAUAUAUCCUUUUACUUGUACCCGUUCUCUAGAGAAUCCAACAAACAAUCCUUUGAAAGGCUUCAAGUUUUAUUGGUUGAGGUGAAAUCUUUCAGACGUCUCUCAUUGAUUAUAGAGAAGAGUUUUCAAUUUUCCUGCAAACAAAAAAUAUUAACGAUGAUAAAGUUGAAAAGGAGAAAUAGAGAGAAAGGAGAAAAACAUUUGAAAAAGAAAAUUAAAAAAAAAAGUGAAUGAUAUUGAAAUUUGAAAUGGAGAAAAUAUAAUAAUUUUAAAUAUAUGAAAAGUUUAUAAAACAGGUUAAUGAUCAAUAGCCUGUAAUAUCAAUUUUUGCAAUGUAUAUAAUGUAUAUAAAAUGACUAAAAUAGUCUUUAAAUUUACAAAGAAUAUUGAAUUUAGUAAAUUGGGCAGUGUUGUAAUUUUCACUAUAUUUUAUCUUGUACUCUAUCUUUCUGAUACAAACACAACAUAAGCAGCAAAGUAGGAAAAAAAUAAUGGAUUUUGUUAGAAAAUAUUAAAAUUAAAAAAUUAAAAAAAAACAGUAGUUGAACAUUAAUUAUCCUUACUUUGAUUAAAACACAUGUCAGCAAAUUAGGUUGGGACAUUUGUGUAUUUUUUUUAGAGCAUAUGAUUUAAUAAUUCAGUUAAAUUGUUUAUUCAAUCAUGUUGAUAUUGAUAUGAUAUUUUUUCUUUUAAAUAAAGAUAGUUGUCAACGUUGCACAUGAUAUGAAGUUAUGAAAAGUCAUAGGAAGUUAAUCUGAUCAUACUUGCACCCUUUCAUUCACUUUGAGAUGUAAAUAAUAAUACUAAUAAUUAAUAAUAAUAGACAUUAGUUUCUACAAUUUCAACAAUUAUCACAAUUCUAAUUCUAAGAUCUACAACCAACAUGGUAUCCAAAUGUCUCAACCUUCACCUCACUUCCUAUCAUCCCAAUCUAUUUGCAUAUUCAAAAAAUCCGAACUUCUCUCACUCUAUCACCCUUCAUUCAUCUUCAACAAAACUAAACAAGUCGAUCCAUGCGAAGAACCAUUCUUCUUCGCGGAGAUCAUCCAACUCGAAAGUCCAUUUUUCUUCGUCGAGGUUCGAGAUAGAGCCUGAUCCAACACUCAUCAAUGAUGAUCUCAAGCCAACUACACCUAGUCAAAGGACAUUUUCUGGGCUGGAAAUGGCUAGUCUAUGGGUAGGACUUGUUGUUGGAGUCCCUUCUUAUUACCUUGCUGGUAGCCUUGUUGAUCUUGGCAUGGCUUGGUGGCAAGGUGUAUUAACUGUGGUUGCAGCCAACAUGAUUCUUUUUGUUCCAUUGGUUCUCACCGGUCAUCCAGGUACUCGUUAUGGCAUAUCUUUUCCUGUUCUUGCUAGAUCAUCUUUUGGCAUCCAUGGUGCUCAUAUUCCCACACUCCUAAGAGCCUUAGUUGGUUGUGGUUGGUAUGGAAUUGAAACAUGGAUUGGUGGUGAGACAAUUUUCAUUCUUCUACCAAAUUCAAUCAAACAAACUUCAUUCUCAAAAUCUCUACCAUGGCUUGGCACUUCCCCAUUAGAAUUCUUUUGCUUCUUAGUCUUCAUGGUAGCUCAAUUAUCAAUAGUAUGGAAAGGAAUUGAAGGGAUAAGAAAGCUUGAAAAAUACUCAGCACCAAUCCUCAUUCUUCUCACUUCCCUCCUCUUAAUUUGGUCUUAUGUCAAUGCUAAUGGCUUUGGUCACAUGCUUUCAUUAUCCUCUAAACUCUCGAAUUCCGAAUUUUGGUCUUUAUUCUUCCCUUCUCUAACUGCUAAUAUAAGCUUUUGGGCUGCCCUAGCCCUUAACAUUCCUGAUUUCACAAGAUAUGCUAAGAGCCAAAAUGAUCAAAUUAUUGGUCAAGCUGGUCUUCCAAUUUUCAUGGGUGCAUUCACAUUUGUUGGCAUGGUAGUAACAUCAUCAACAAAAGUUAUAUUUGGUUAUGUUAUUUCCAAUCCAAUUCAACUACUUGCUAAAAUAGGUGGCUUUGUGACUACAAUAUUUGCUAUACUAGGUAUAACCCUAGCUACAAUCACAACAAAUAUUGCUGCUAAUGUUGUUGCACCUGCAAAUGCUCUUGUCAAUCUUAAUCCAAUGUUGUUCACUUUCCGAAGAGGAGCGAUACUAACCGCUUUUCUUGGAGUUGUUUUUCAACCUUGGAAGCUUCUCAAGUCAAGUGAGAGUUUUGUAUAUACUUGGCUUGUUGGAUAUUCUGCAUUGAUGGGUCCUAUUGGAGGAAUUAUUCUAGUGGAUUAUUAUCUUGUGAAGAAAACUAAUUUAAGUAUUGAAGAUUUGUAUUCAAGAAAUUCUCUUGGUGCUUACUAUUACUCGAAGGGAUUUAAUGUGGCAGCAAUUGUGGCUCUAGUUGUUGGAGUGUUACCUGUGAUUCCUGGCUUUUUGCAUAAAGUUGGAACGUUGAAAUCGGUUUCUGAAAGUUUUGUUGUAAUUUAUAAUAAUGCUUGGUUUGUUAGCUUCUUUUCUGCAGGGUUGUUUUAUUGGAUUAUGUCGUGUUUGAAAAAUAAAUAGGAUGGAAAUCAAUGUUCCUAAGUAGUUAAAACAAAGGAAUUCGUUUGUAAAUUGUAUGUUUAUGCUAGACCAUAUGUUUCUCUUUGUGGAAACAAUGUUUUCCACUGUGCUUGUUUGUAGAAUAUUGCAGGAAACAUUGGGAGAGUGUGUGCUUUGGUGUGAAAGACUUGUA